CAGGUGUAAACUGAAAGUAAACGUAUGGCCAGAAAUUGGCAUUUCGUGUAGGACGAUUACUGGGUUAAAAUGCGCAUAUAGACUGUUCGUAAAAACGAAAAUAUAAAGCAAAAUUUGUCUUUGUCUUUGUACAGUUCUUUGUACAAGACUAAAGGCGGCGAUGCAAGUCAAUACUUUCAGCGCUAUUUUGAUCGUGUUGAAGUUCGUCAUUAACUCUGACGGUUUCCUGCUACACGGCUCUGCUGGUCCUCUAACAGCCCGGCUGGGAGGAGCUGUACUGCUGCCCUGCUUUGUGGACAGACCCCUGCCUUUGGAGGAGCUGGAGGUGGACUGGAGAAGGACUGAUUCAGACACCAUCGUGCACCUAUUCCAGGGGGGUCAGAGCAGACCUGAAUCACAGGGGGACGCCUACAGGGGCAGAGCCCACUUCUUCUCUCAGGAAAUCCCCAAAGGCAACUUCUCUCUGCUGCUUGAGGGUGUGAGGACUGCAGAUGCAGGAGUAUACAAGUGUGUGGUUUAUACAGAGCAGGAGAACCAUGAAACACAGGUGGAAAUACAGGAAGUAGAGCGGCUGGUGGUGACGGGUGCAGAUGAGCCUGUCUAUGCACAUGCUGGAGAGGAUGUGACUCUCAGCUGCUCUGUAGACACCCAUGUUAAUGUCACAGAGCUUCAUGUGGAAUGGAGAAAGACAGACGAUGACGGUGACAUCUUGGUGCUUCUGUAUGCUGAUGGAGGGAACAGACCAGAGUCACAGGAUGGGAGAUACUCUGGAAGAGCUGAAUUCUUCACUGAGGAAAUUCCCAAAGGAAACUUCUCAAUGAAACUGAGGAGAGUCAGGACUGAAGACAAAGGAGAGUUCAGGUGUGAAGUCCACUCAGAUACUGAUUCUGCCAAUACAACUGCCAGGAUAGCAGCACUGGGUUAUUCAUCCCUGCAUUGGCUGAUUCUGUGGCUGUGCAUCGCUGUCACACCUGUAGUCCUACUUACUGGUGCUUUAUCUGUCAGGCAUUUAAUAAAGGAAGAUAAAAGCAAACAGGCUCUGCUGAGUCACUGCUCACAUGUCACAGUUCCACCAAUCAUGGUUUCCGCCGCCUUCAUCCUGUGGGGUGUAACUGAAGGAUCCACAGAAGAGGCUGUUACUUGUCCUGCCAUCAGUCUGAUGUAUAUCCUGCUGUUGAUAAAUAUGGCUCCAUAUCAGGAAUUAAUCGCAAUUUCAUGGCAGAAUAUUAUACUCAACACUCUGACAGCUGCAUUUCCCAUCAUUAUGGUCGGUGUCCUAACAGGUUCUUUUAUCGAGUUCUCAGCUAAAUCUUCCCCAUCUCCAGCCGAGAAAGCAGCAUUUGGAGGAAUGUUUGGUGGAAUCAUAUUUAUGUUCAUCGUUUUUGUUAUAUUCCAAAUCGUCGACAUUGUGGUUUGGAUAAAAUAUUCUAAAGACAGAGAAAAAAGAGUGAAAAUACGUACCAUCGUAGCAGGAAUAACUGGAGUUACAUUCCUGGUCAUCACGGUUUCAUCCAUAAUUGCUGUCAGUGUUUAUCUGGAGAAAUACUCAGAUCUAGCUUGGCAAGAACAACUUGCAACAUUUUCCACUUUAUUAAUGUUUCCAGUCAUCAUGGUCUUACUCCCAGUUGGUCUCGGUGUGUUUCGGAUAAUACGCUCCCGAAGGAUGGGAGAAACAGUACAACUAAGAGACAUUUUUGAAAUCAUGGCUUAUUUCCUGUAUGAUCCCGCACUGUUUAACACGCUGUUCCUUGCUAUUUAUUCCCAACUCCUUGCCUGGAUGAACGGCACCUUUAAAUUAGAAUAUUCAAUUCCGAUUGCAGUAGCUGCUUUGGGAAUCUGUGCCUGCAUGAUUAUCAAGGAUUAUUUAUUGUAUUAUGAAGAAAAGCCCUUGGAGGGAUUUUACUAUUUUGCUCAGAAAAUCCUUCUGGGGAUUUUCUUCCUGCUUCACCUAAUAUUAAGUUUCCUGUAUCUAAGUGUGAUUUUAGAAAAUGACAAAGGACGACCUGUAAAGAUCUGCGAGUUUGUGUUUGUCUGCAUUCUGAUUGUCACUUUGUUGUUUCAAUUCUGGGAGCGGGAAGAUUUCUUUGCCAAACCCCGUAAAUAUGUAUAUUUCUCAGGGGCUUUUGGUCUCCCUCUCCUGAAUUCUGUUGCCUUGGCUGUAGCAUUAAAACUCAAAGCAGACAAAGGAAAACAGCCAUUCGAUCUACGGCUGAUUGUCCUGAUUUCUGGGUCUGUCUUCAUCUUUAUCUGGUUUGUUGUAGAGAUGUUUGCAUACUGGUUGGCCAAAAAAGAAAAAAUAAAAGAACAGUUGGGUUUGGUUGAGAGACACCAAGAUCCUGAGCCAGACCAGGGAUCACGUGACAAUGAGGAGACUGUUGCAUUGUCCCCCCCUGAUCCCAAUGGACCAAACACAGAUGAGGGAUCACAUGAGAAUCAGGAGGUGGAGGUGUCAUCACCUGCUGAUCACAAUGAACCCCGGGGAGGUAUUACUGGGGGAGAAGAACACUGAAGGCUGAAGGAUCUAUAGAGUUUUAUUUGAUAUGUUUUGCCUACGG